GGGAAACGGAGGUAGCUGGCUUCAGUAUUCCUGGUGUCUGCCUUUCGACAACGUCAUCAACCAAAGUCAGUGACCGCGUUAAAGAUGCCAAGGGCCUUUCUCGUCAAGCAGGUUAAGUCUGUUUUCAGAUCGACGGAGCUCAACGAAGCUGAUUUUCAAAAGAAAGGAUUGAAACCCACAGGACCUCCAACACCACCACUAACUCCAACCAGUCAGCAACAAUAUCAGCAGCAACUGUCAAACCAACUUUGCCUGCCUAGUAGUCUGACACCUGCCACUUAUUUACCUAACUCAGUCAGUUGGCAACCGCCUGUUGAUCACACAUCGCUGUACCCAAUGAACUCGCUGACACAUUCGUGGAAUCAUCACUCAUAUCCAUCGUAUCCAACAAUCAUCCCACCUCAUACAGCACCAGAUGUACCAGUGCACAAUCCUGACUACACACACCUGACACCCUUAGUGGCAGCCCCUCAGCCACCGACCAAACCCAAAUUUGACUUCGCAAACUUGGCACUUGCUGCAACCCAGAGUUACCCACCUGAGAGAAGUAACUACAGCAAUUAUAACACAUUCAAGACUGGGUUUGCACCGGUUCAACCAACGCCACCACAGGGGGAAAGAAAGAGGGGAAGAGGUCCUACCAGAGCUAAGAAGGAGUUUAUCUGUAAAUACUGUGGUAGACACUUUACAAAGUCUUACAAUCUGCUGAUUCAUGAACGCACCCAUACUGAUGAACGUCCAUACACAUGUGAUAUCUGUCAUAAAGCUUUCCGUAGACAAGACCAUCUCAGAGAUCACAGAUAUAUCCACUCUAAGGAGAAGCCUUUCAAGUGUCAAGAAUGUGGCAAAGGAUUCUGUCAAUCACGUACCUUAGCAGUACACAAGACUCUUCACAUGCAAGAGUCUCCUCAUAAGUGCCCAACAUGUGGUCGUACCUUUAACCAGCGUAGCAAUCUAAAGACCCAUCUGUUAACCCACACUGACAUCAAACCAUAUAACUGUGAACACUGCGGUAAAGUCUUUCGUCGUAACUGCGAUCUUCGUAGACACAGCCUAACUCACAACGAGCGAACCGUUUAGGCUGCCACCUGUGAAAGUUGUGGAAUCAGGGUACGGGUAAUGCCAGCAUUGAAGAGCGCCCUCUUCAGGCAAGUGAACAUUUGAUUUGUGAGCAGAAUGUUUUUAUUGAAAGACUGCAGUGCAUGCUGGGAGUUCAUAGCAUCCAUGACAUUGUAAUUACAAAACCCUAUUUCAU